AUGGAAGACGGUACCCAGAAACCCAUCAUGCCGGGUGAGCAUAUGCGUAGUGGUUGGACAAACUUGCAGCCAACGUCCCUGGACGCUUAUGAUCCGCAUCGGCUGACAAUCGUCACCGAAUCUGUCAAAGCCAAUCAGUAUCGCUACUGCUACCGUGGUCACCCCGAUAUCCUGAUUCCUGCUCUCCGACAGGUCGUUCUAGAUCUACCAGAUCAGUGUCAGUGGUAUGGUCCUGUCCAGAAGCAGUACACGCCAAUCAAGGGUUGCCCAAUCUGGCGUCGCACAAAUCCAUGGUACAAAGGCUUCUGUGAGAAUCGACACGUCUUAACUCGGAAGUUUCAGGACGCUGAAGAUGAGGAGCCUGACCUUGGCGAUGACGAAGAAGAGGCCAUUCAGGAAAUGAUGGAUGAUCUGUUCGCAGCUACGAGGCCCAGCAGUGACACGGCGACGCCAUUCGAACGUCUCUCAUUGGCCAAGGCACGUAUCGCAAAGCUGGAUUGCGGCACGGAUGAACAGGUACAAAAGAUGGUGGAGAACGCUACAAGCAGCGUUGAUGAUUCAGACCUCUUUGAGCAACAGUUGCAAGAGUUGACCACCUUGCUGGAUCGCAUCGAUGGCAUUGCAGAGCGCAGCAAGCGUCUUGAUGCGCUGCUCGAUCGCGCUGAUCAGCUCAAAUGCUCUUUGAAUGAGGAUGUGCGGACACUCAUCAACAGCGUGACCAACAGCAUCAACGACCAAGCCUCGUGUGAUCAGCACUUACAGUCACUUUCGGCUCUCUUGGACAAGCUUGGAGGCAAAGAACAGCCCCCAGGGUCUGAUCCGGACAUGUUGCCAGCGCUGAGAGAUCUUCGCAACUUCGUCAAUCUCGGACAAAGCUGCUAUGCCAGCGCCUCAUUGGCCAUGUGCAUGAAUUUGGAGAAGUUGCACGACUUUGUCAUGGAUGAGAACAAUGAGCGGGCCAAGCCAGACAGCCAGUCUGGUCGAACACCACAUGAAUGGCUCAACACAUCGUACCCGAUUCGACGAUCGUCGACUCUGCCUGGCGCCACGAACCCCAGCACCACAAGCGAGGAUCAGAUUGCUGAGUGGUCUCAGAAGCACAUGAACAAUGCCAAGAACUUGUUUGGAGCUCUGCGGAACUUGUUCACGAGAAUGAAUAACAAAGGCAGCCGGAUUUCGCAAGCCGAGAUGAAGGCCUUUUUCGAUGCCGUACACGCAUUGAACCCAGAAGAAUUCCACCACAACGAGCAGAAUGAUGCUAGCGUCUUUCUCAUUGAGCUUCUUCAGGCACUGACAUUGGUUUCUGAUGAUUCCAUAAAGCAGAAGUAUAGAGAUGCCAUCGCAAGCAUCAAUACUGCCGACGGUCAAAACCUGCAGCCAGUGGAGACGGAUGCGAUGACUCGCCUCACGGCAAAGCUUCAAAAUGGUAACGACAGUGCGUUGUACAUCCUGUUCUGUGUCCAGAUCGCCACGGAGUACUAUUGCUGGAGCUGUAAACUGGUUCACAGAACAUUUGAGCACACGCCUUACCUGGAGCUUAACUUCAUUGGCCCUACGGGUGCGGAUCAGAACCUGGUCACCAUACUGCAAGAUUGGAGCAAGUUAUCCCUUUCAGAACCACAAAAGUGCCUGCACAAUGAUUCCAAGCUCGGCACAAAGACCAGAAUCAGGCGUAUCGUUCAUGCACCUCAGUAUCUCAUGAUCAAGUUCGUGCGUGGAAACUAUCUUUUCAUGAACCACGUCGACAUUCCAGAGUUCUUGGACAUCAGAAACUGCACGACCGGGGUUGUACUCCCAUCAGAGAUUGUUCAUGGCAUCGAGUCAGCUCAGCAAGUCAGCUGCAUCUAUCGCCUGACUGCCGUGGCCAUGUUCAUACCCACCCGCUCACACUACGUCGCCUAUGUCGUGAAGGACCGUCACUGGUUGGCGUUUGAUGACCUGUCACAAAGCCCGAUACCUGUCCGAGAGCAUCCGCAGACUGCUAUUAACAAUGGAGCAGUGCCAUACUUCACGAUUUACGAGCAACAGCCCGAGAAGACAUCAUUCCCUCUCGAUCUGGCGGACAGUGUCUCUCCUGGAUUCACCCUACGGAAGAAUGGUCAAGUUCCAUCUCCGAAGGCAGCGCUGCCACGCUGGAAUGCGAGCGACGAGUUUGAGUGCCUUCACCUCAGCAAUCCGUGCGACAAGACUUUCAGAACGGUGGGCGAAGCACGUGGUCAUCAGCAUGAUCAAGUGGGCGAUGACGAGCAGGCAGCGUCGCAUUUGUGA